AUGAGCUCACCCGUUUUGAAACAAGAAGGUGAUAACACUGAGAAUUUACUGAAAACCGCCAUAAUAGUUUCAAAUCUUUCAAGGGAAGACUUUGUGGCAAAAUCAUCUACAUUAACUACAAAGACCUUGUCGUUUGUUGAUAGCAUUAAGUUGACUACUUUGAGUUUGAAGACCCCCGAAGGGGUUGGUUACGUGGGUGAUGAAUAUUAUUUGAAUAAUAUAGAGUAUUGGUCAGCCUUACCUACGUUGAAUAGAAUCAUCAUCAUUAUGCGUUCAGAGGAGGGCGCUUUAAAUCUAUAUAAUCAUUUAAAGACAGAUUCUAACUUAGAUCUCGCGGGCAAAAACAUCAAAGUAUCGCUACAGGAAAAUUUACUCAAGUCAUCCAAGUCUUAUGAUUCCCUAGCUGAUGCAAAUUCGUUAUCCGUUACUAAGACUUUGGCAAAUUUCAAGGAUUUUCACACUGGUAAGACUAAUGAAUACACAGAACCGGAGCCUCAGCCCUUCAAUGCUAUUGAAGAUCUUUCAAAACUAGGAAUUGAUUUGCUAAGCUACAACAAUAAUGAGCAGUUAAACGAAUUGAAGGACACUUCUAGUGUUAAAAGAACAAGGUCUUUAACAAAAACAUUAUUCAAGCCGGAUUUGAAACUUACAACUAGUUUUUCCAGCUCAAGCAGAGGUUCUGGUAGCAAUACGCCAUCUAGUCCGACUAUUACCUUAGAUGAUGGCUUUUGA